UGUUUGGGUUCCGCGCCUUCCGGGCAGACAUCAACAUGAGCUCCACGUCGAGUGAGACUGAGCCUGACGAGCUGCCUCUUCCCUGCGAAGGCGUCAAGGGCAACGACAGAAUCAUGUCCCGCUCCGACAGCGGGAGUGGAGAAGAUUCCCUCGACGGCAUCCCUCGUUGCUGCCCACUGACGCCGUCGCUGUCGCCCCAAAAACGCACUGCCAGUCAGUCGCAGACGGAACCCCCAUUGCUGAGGACCAACAAGAGGACCAUCUAUACAGCUGGUCGGCCCCCCUGGUAUAACGUCACCGGGACCACUUUCAAGGAGGCCUUUGUUAUUGGACUGUGUGGGGGAAGCGCUUCAGGCAAAACAACAGUAGCCAAUAAGAUCAUUGAGGCACUCGAUGUUCCCUGGGUGGUUUUGCUGUCUAUGGACUCCUUUUACAAGGGACUGAACAAAGAAGAGCAGGAGCUAGCAGCGAAGAACGAGUACAACUUUGACCAUCCCGAUGCAUUCGACUUUGAGUUGUUGGUCAACGUCCUGAGAAAGUUGAAGAAAGGGAAAAGAAUUAAAGUUCCUGUGUAUGACUUCGCAACACACCUAAGACGCAAAGAAUGGAAAACGGUGUAUGGGGCCAAUGUUGUCAUUUUUGAAGGAAUCCUCGCCUUCGCCAACAAGGAACUGCUCAAGCUGUUGGACAUGAAAGUGUUUGUGGACACCGAUUCGGACAUCCGGCUAACACGGCGGUUGAAACGGGACGUGUCGCAGCGCGGGCGGGACAUCAGCGGCAUCAUUAAGCAGUACAACAAAUACGUCAAACCCGCUUUCGAGCAGUACAUCGAGCCCACCAUGCAGCUUGCUGAUAUCGUGGUUCCUCGAGGUGGGGACAACUUUGUGGCAUUGGAUUUGAUCGUUCAGCAUGUUCAUAGUCAACUGGAGAAGCGUGAAAUCACUGUAAGGUCUGCCCUGGCGUCGGCUCACCAAGGUCAGCCUCUGCCCGAAACUCUGAGCGUCCUGAAAAGCUCGCCGCAGGUGCGCGGCAUGCACACCAUCAUCAGGAACAAGGAAACCAACCGUGACGAGUUUGUCUUCUACUCCAAAAGAUUAAUGCGACUCCUUAUAGAACACGCCCUCUCUUUCCUGCCACUCAAGCCCAUAUCUGUUGAAACACCUCAGGGUGGAGUUUACCACGGCAGGAGGCUGAGCGGUAAAAGAAUCACAGGCGUGUCCAUAUUGAGAGCGGGAGAGACAAUGGAGCCGGCACUCAUGGCUGUGUGCAAAGACAUCCGACUGGGGAAAAUUCUCAUCCAGACUAACCUAGAUACGGGUGAACCGGAGCUGCACUACCUCCGGCUUCCCAAAGAUAUCAGUGAGGAUUUCGUCAUCUUGAUGGACAGCACAGUAUCCACCGGGGCCGCUGCUCUCAUGGCCAUCAGAGUUCUGCUAGACCAUGACGUACCAGAAGACAAAAUCUUCUUGCUUUCGCUACUCAUGGCAGAAAUGGGCGUCCACUCGGUGGCGUACGCUUUCCCAAAAGUGCGCAUCAUCACCACCGCUGUGGAUAAAGAGGUCAACCACCAGUUCCACAUCAUUCCUGGCAUCGGUAAUUUUGGCGAUCGUUACUUCGGCACCGACGCACCCUCUGACUGGUGCGAAAGUGACGACGGAAUGGACUUGUGACGCAAAAACUGAGCCUCCCAGGUUGAUUAGACAAACACAUGCCAACAGAUACUUGAUUUUUUUGGGUGACGAAUCAUUCCGCCAUUUUGAUAUUGUAAAGACUGCAUCACUUUAAAAGGAACUAUGUUAAAUCUACAUUGUCAAGAGCCUUCUGAAAUGUAAAAACAUGAGAUUUACAUACCUAAUUUCACUAUAGUGACAUCAGAUGACCUGUUCUAACGGUUCAUAGAGUUGCUUGUAAAAUGUUACCAUGUUUUUGUCACUUAAGUGUAUGCCAAUGCCUAUUUGUAUUAUUUUCAGGAAAACAUUGGAACAAAUUCCUUAAAGAAUUACGACAGAAAACUUUGUACUUGAAUGACAAAACUGUUUUUGUUUGCUUUUUACGUGUCCUUUGAAUUUUAUGGUGCCUCCCGCCUCAUUUGCAGCCAUUUUAGAUGUUUUAAUUUAUUUUAUUAAUUGACUGACUGUGACUUAACAGCCACGUAGCACUACAAAUGUUACUUUUUUAUAUGAUGGCGCUUAAAGGGAAUGCACCCCUCGUGAAUUUUGGGUUAAUAAACUCUUGGGUGUUAAUAUGUUGUUUUAUUUGUUUAUUUAAACGUCGUCUUAUGCAUAUAAACUCAAAAUUAAUUUGGGCACUACAUUAAAUUGUCCACUAGAUG